GCGCUGUCGAUGGAGCCGGAGGUGCUACCAGUCGUUGUGGGGCGGAGCGGCCUGUGUGGACCUGUGUGAGCCGGGCCUGGGCGCGAUUGGGAGCUGUUGCCGGGCGGGAUGGGGUUCCUGACCGCCCUGAGCUGGCUCUCGCUGCUGCUGCAGAUCGCUUUCGUCACUCUGGCUAUCGCCGCUGGCUUAUACUAUCUGGCAGAGUUAAUAGAGGAAUACACAGUCAUCACCAGCCGCAUCAUCAAGUACAUGAUAUGGUUCUCCUCAGCUGUGCUGGUCGGUCUCUACCUGUUUGAAGGCUUUCCGGGGCUGAUGGUGGGCGUUGGCCUCUUCACCAACCUCGUCUACUUUGGGCUCCUGCAGACGUUUCCCUACAUAAUGCUAAGCUCACCCAACUUCAUCCUGUCCUGUGUCCUGGUUAUUUAUAACCAUUACCUGGCGUUCCAGCAGUUUGCCGAGGAAUACUACGCUUUCUCCGAGGUGCUGGCGUACUUCACUCUGUGCCUGUGGAUUAUCCCCUUCGCCUUCUUCGUGUCACUGUCCGCCGGGGAGAAUGUCCUCCCGUCCACCGUCCAGCACGGAGACGACGUCGUGUCAAACUACUUCACUAAGGGCAAGCGGAGCAAGCGCUCAGGAAUCCUCAUCAUCUUCACCUUCUUCAAAGAGGCCAUCUUACCCAGCCGGCAGAAAAUAUACUGACGCGGGCAGAGGUUGGCGAGAGACUGGCCCCGCGGGGGAGGGGAGCAUGGGUGUCUAAGCAAAGCGGGGGAGGAGCCCCCCCGCCAGGGCCCGGCGUCCGAUCUGGACAGUGAUUAGGAUCUCGAUCUCUCAAGCCCUCUCCCUCCCUCGGUUGCCAUCCGCACAGGGAUUGGGGUUUGCACAGGGAUUGGGGUUUCAUGCUGACUUCCCAUAGAUUAUGAACUGAGUUCCAUUUAGCGGAACUGGCUGCUUCCCCUCCCCUCCCCCAUACACACACACACAUACACACACACAUAGUGUAUUAAAUGUAAAUGGUCCCAUUUUACAGGCAUUCUGUGUCUGAUUGAUUUAUUCUAUUGGAUGAAGAGUUCAGAAUCCUCUGUAAUGGACAGAGCGAGGAGCUGGUGGACAUCAAUACAGAGACAGACACAGUCAGUGACACGACGCUGGCCAGGAGAGAUAGUCUGACACAGUGAGAAGGAACAGGAGACUAUAGAAAGGAGGGAAAUGUCUU